CUCUUGCGGUUUCAAUCCUCUGCUUCACUCGCAAAAAGUUAUCGUAGUCGUCCACUUUGCACGGUGGUACAUUUGAAUCGAGCUGCGUUUUAAACUUGCAAAUGGGUCCAAUGUACCAAUCGAAAGAUCCAGAGAAGUGGGUCGUAGAAAAUUUUGAAGGGGGAGAGUUCUAGAGGAUAAUACAUGGGGGUCUGACACGUUUAUAUGCCUCGCGGGGGGGGGUUUCUCAGAACACGUGGUUUGGAAGAAUAUUUUGUCGGAAUCCUCCAUUUUUAUAUCCCCUUGAGGGAAUUUGACUCUGAAAUCAGGAACUUGGCGAGCCGGAAGAGAGAAAAGAGAAAGGGUUAUUGAGAUUGGCAACUGGGUUUCACCGGAAAGUCCGAGUAUCUGGCUGAAUGAUGAACCAGAAUUCAGAAAACUGGCUACCACCCGGCUGGACUGUGAAGGUCAAAGUGAGGAAGAGUGGCAAGAAGGAUAAGUAUUAUUUUGAACCCUCAAGUCAAAUGAGAUUUAAUUCUAGGGCAGAGGUGUUUAGAUACCUCAAAACUGCUGCAAUCAGUCAUCCUGAAUCUGAAGAGAGCAGAACCGUGGAGCAACCAGAGAACAAUGUGGAAGUUAAGAAGACUAUAGCAAAAGGGUUACCUCCUGGAUGGAUCAGAGAAAUCAGAGUAACGAGGACUGCUAACAGAAUAAGAAGAGAUUCAUUUUACAUUAAUCCUGUAAAUGGAAAUGCGCUUCGCUCGUUGAGGGAUGUACAUCGGUAUCUAACAAGUGGAAAGGUGAGCCGAUUAGCUUAUAAAUCAAGGAGCCAGAGCAACAGCAACAGCAACAUUGAGUUUCAGCACGAUGAUAUCUCUUCACCUGCUGUCUCCAAGAAAGAGAUGCUAGCGAUUGGCAAAGCAAAGAGACAGAUUAUAUGGAGCGACAACUCACCGGAACCGAGUGAAAUAGCAGAUGAUGAAGCUAUUUUUCCAAAGGCUGCAAGUGUUGGAGAAAGAAUGGCCUUUUUGAAACCUAAUUUAACUCACGGGAGGAUAGGCGCUAAGUUGCACUGCACAACUCCUGAAGAGGCAAAAGGACGUGAGCAAUCAGAAGGAAAGAAUAAUUUUUCCGAAUUUGUGUCAACUCCUGAUAAAUCCAUCCAACACAAGUGCACUAGUGAGAAUGGGGCAACGAAGAUUGAGAGUAGAAAGAGACAAAGGAAAAGUAAAGACAUAAACUUGCGAUGCCGUGCUUCAAAGCGACUUGCAGGGCUCCAAGCUGAGCCAGUGCUUGAAGCUAAAACUGAUCGCCGAGCGUGUUCGGUUGCAUGUGAAGAGUCUGAUAAGCAAGUAGCCAGUACAACUAAGUGGCCAUCUCAAUGUCCUGAAAAGCCUGAUGUCAAGCAUGAAACAAAGAGCAUAAUUGACUCUCCUAAAAUUGACACAAAUCUAGAUUCAAGUAGAAAAGAACAUUCUGCUGUUGACUUGUCCAUUCUGCCUCAGAAGGUUAAGAAGAUGAAAUCUGAAGAUGCAUAUGAGCAGCAGCAGCAGCCGAAAUGCAAUUCCUUUCUGCCUUCAGAGGACGUUCUGGAAAAGCAUGUAGGGCAGGUGGAAAGCGAUGAUAAGGCUGAUGUGAAAAAACAAGGCCCUCUUCUUAAACUGCCUAUGGAGGACUUACUGACUGAUCCUUGCAUUGCAUUUGCAGUUAAAACGCUUACUGGAGACGUUUUUGACGCAUCCAUAAGCUCAGAAGCAUCACUGAUGCCAAACAAUAUCGAUCGGCCUUUCGUGGCCUUUACUCCAAAUGAGAGGAGAAACUUGGAAUCAGAAAACAAGCUUAAUGAGAAGUUGCCAUCUCCAGAACUUCCUGUUACUCGAGUUGGGAAAGUCGAAAAUAACAACAUUGUUGAAAAGCUAGACUCGACUCUGAAGUUGCCAGUUGGGGAAAUAUGGGCAGACCCUUGUAUAGAAUUUGCUAUUAAAACUCUUACUGGUGAGAUCCCACUUGUUAACAAUCCAGAUAUUGAGGAUUACUUUCACCAAUUUGCCCCCUCAAAAACCGAAGGAACUAACGCAAAUGCCUCGAAUCAUGUUGGUUCGUAUUAGUUACAAGACUGUGUUAGCCAGAAGGGGCAGGUUAUUCAAGCACUGGAGGCAUCUCUUAAGACCAACUUCUGAAGCUGUGGAACUGGUUUGCACCAACAAGAAAGCAACACUUUCAAAGGCUAAUACCAACUUUAUAACUUGUAUAGUUUCGGUUGGCUGCAUAGAAAAGAUAAACUUUCUUUUUUUCUUGUUUUGCUAGUUUUGGUCAGCCAACCCUCUUUUGCUUAAGUUUUGUACCUUGCCUCCUGGGCAACGUAAUGUGCUUGUGUGAUAUCUCCACACACAACUUGAUUUUGAUU